CAGGCAGCCAGGGGAUGGCUGCCAAGGGCCACAGGGAAAUCAAAGGCGGGGUAGAGGGCCAAGAGGGGAGGAGAAAACAACUUCCCGGUUGCUCUCAGAGGCUUCAGAGAUCCUCUGAGGGCCUGGGGGAGCUUUUGAGUUCUUUAUUUCAGUUGGUCCCUGAGCUCUGUGAGUGGGGGGGUAGAGCCACCAGGGGAAUCAACAGUGGUUUCUCGUGCCCCUCGGGGUCAGGAGCAGUCUGACCAAAAGGAAGCCAUCCACUGUCCGGGGCCAUUCCCACAGCUCUCGGAUGCUGGGUCUGGAGGCUGCACCCUUUCCCCCAGGAACUCUGCCCAGUGAUUGUGUUCACGUAGGCAACUCUUGCUUCUGCUCAAAGAAGGGCAGCCUGAAGAUGGAAAAUUACACGUUGGCCCCAGAGGAUGAGUAUGAUGUCUUCAUAGGGGAUGAACUGGAGAGCAAUGAGGCAGAACAGUGUGACAAGUAUGAUGCUCAGGUGCUCUUGGCUCAGCUGGUGCCGUCGCUCUUCUCCACUGUGUUCGUGCUCGGUAUCCUGGACAAUCUCCUAGUUGUGCUUAUUCUGGUCAAAUAUAAAGGACUCAAACACACGGAAAAUAUCUAUCUUCUAAAUGUGGCACUUUCCAACUUGUGUUUCCUGCUUGCACUGCCCUUCUGGGCUCACACUGUUGGCAAUCCCAUGUGUACAAUUCUCCUUGGACUGUACUUCGUGGGCCUGUACAGUGAGACAUUUUUCAAUUGCCUUCUGACUGUGCAAAGGUACCUGGUGUUUUUGCACAAGAGAAGCUUCUUCGCGGCCAGCAGGACGGUGUCCUGUGGCAUCAUUACAAGUGUCCUGGCAUGGGUAACAGCCAUUCUGACCACUUGGCCUGAAUUCGUGUUUUAUAAACCUCAGAUGGAAGACCAGAAACACCACUGUGCAUUUAGCAAACCUCCUUUCCUGCCAGCUGAUGAGACAUUCUGGAAGCAUCUUCUGACUUUAAAGAUGAACAUUUCAGUUCUUGUCCUCCCCCUGUUUAUUUUCACAUUUUCCUAUGUGCAAAUGAGAAAAACACUAAGGUUCAGGGAGCAGAGGUCUGGCUUUUUCAAGCUUGUUUUUGCCCUAAUGGCAGUCUUCCUUCUGAUGUGGGCGCCCUACAAUAUCACACUUUUCCUGUCCACUUUCAAAGAACACUUCUCCCUGAGUGACUGCAAGAGCAACUACAACCUGGACAAAAGUGUUUACAUCACUAAACUCAUCGCCACCACCCACUGCUGUGUCAACCCUCUCCUCUAUGUGUUUCUUGAUGGGACAUUUAGGAAAUACCUCUGCCGCCUUUUCCGUCUGUGCCGAAACACCCCACUUCAACCCAGCGGGGAGUCUGCACAAGGCACGUGGAGGGAAGAACCUGAUCUUUCCACCGAAGUGUAAACCAGCAUCCAUCAAAGGCAAGACGAAUAAACAUGGGUUUUCGUCCUUUUGCAUUCUUUCAUGUAAUUUUUUUACACAUUUGUAUGCAAAAUCGGAUACAGGAAGAAAAGGGAGAGGUGAGCUAACUUUGCUAAGCAUUGAUUUGUCUCAGGUGCCGUGCCAGGCUCUUUACAAAUGUGAGCUCCUCCACCUCCUACCACUUGCUCAUAGUGUGGAUGGGACGAGCCUCAUUUCUCUGAGAAGAAAAACUGAGGCUUGGAAAUUUGUCUAAGAUCACACAACUAGGAAGUAGCAGAACUGAUUCUCCAGCCCUGGGAGCAUUUGCUCAGAGCCUAUGGUUUGUCCAGAACUCCAAACACUGGGGACAAAGUACAUGAAAUAAAUGUAUUUUAAAAUGUC